AUGCAAUGUAACAUUGAGUUUAAUGGAGUUGAUGGUUUUGAAAUUAGGGAAGGACUAUAUCAACACAUUGUGGAUAUUUCUAGAAGGCAGUGCAGCUGUAGGGUGUGGCAGCUAAAAGGCAUUCCAUGUGAACAUGCUUUAGCUGCAAUUCAGUUCAAAAGGUAUGAUCCACUUGGCUACAUUGACCAUUGCUACAGCAAAGAGACUUACAUGAGAACAUAUGAGCAUGUUCUUCAACCAGUCACAAACAUGGAAAUGUGGCCUGUCUUUAACCACCCUAGUGUGGCUCCACCAGACAUAAAAAUCAUGCCUGGUAAGCCUCAAAAGGCCAGAAAGGAGGAGGCAGGUGAAAUUCCAAAGUCUGGGAAGAUGCCAAGAACUGGAAUGGCCAUGACUUGUAGCAACUGCCAUAAUAGAGGCCACGACAAGAGAGGGUGUCCAAAAAAAGACUCAGCAGCAUGGACAGAACCAGCAAAGUUCUAG